AAACAAACUUUAAAGUUGUCUUUAUGGAGUUUCAAAAUGACAUUUUCUAACUUAAUGAACGAAAGCAACGGCAGAAUCUACUUGGACGAACCUUUCAACCUCUCUCUCUCCGAACAAACCUUUUCCAACGGCAGCAACUCGACCUGCGUGAACGUCGCGCUGGACUCGCAGGUAGUGGCGAUGGGGAUAUCUCUCUCCGUCUUCAUUUUGGUGGCAAUCGCGGGCAACAUCUUGGUCAUCCUGUCGGUGCUGUGCAACAAGCACUUGCAGACCGUGACAAACUUCUUCAUCGUCAACUUGGCCAUGGCGGAUUUGCUGCUGAGCAUCAUCGUGCUGCCGUUCUCCGCGUCUCUGGAGGUGCUGGGCUGCUGGGUGUUUGGACGGGUGUUCUGCAACAUCUGGGCAGCGGUGGAUGUGCUGUGUUGCACCGCGUCCAUCCUCAGCCUCUGCAUCAUCUCCAUAGAUCGGUACAUCGGCGUGAAACACUGUCUGAAAUACCCCACCAUCAUGACGGAGAGGAAAGCGGGAGUUAUCCUGGUGGUCGUGUGGGUCUCGUCCAUGGUCAUUUCCAUCGGACCGCUGCUGGGCUGGAAGGAGCCGCCGCCUGUGGACGACAGUAUUUGCAGGAUCACGGAGGAGCCCGGCUACGCUCUUUUUUCCUCCCUGUUUUCCUUCUACCUCCCGCUCAUGGUCAUCCUGGUCAUGUAUUUCAGGGUGUAUGUGGUGGCCCGGAGGACUACCAAGAGCUUGGAAGCGGGGGUCAAGCGGGAGAGGAACCAGUCAAUCGAGGUGGUCCUGCGGAUUCACUGCCGGAGUGUGCUGGGGAAUGUGGGCGCCACCGCGUCCAAGAGCGGAAAACACCACCCGUUCAGAAGUUCGCUGUCGGUGCGCCUGAUGAAGUUCUCCAGAGAGAAGAAGGCUGCCAAGACCCUGGCCAUUGUUGUGGGGAUGUUCAUCGUGUGCUGGCUACCGUUUUUCUUCUUUUUGCCACUGGGUUCUCUCUUCCCUUCACUAAAACCAUCUGAAACUGUAUUCAAAGUGGUCUUCUGGCUGGGCUACUUCAACAGUUGCAUCAACCCCAUGAUUUAUCCCUGUUCCAGUAAGGAGUUCCAGAGAGCAUUCACCCGCCUCCUUAGGUGCCACUGCCAGCGACGAAGAAGGGUCUUGCGCCGCUUCUAUGACCAGAGGUGGCGGACAGCUGUCAAAGGCAUAACAAUGGAACAUAGGGGGGACUGCAGGCCAGACUUCGUCAUACAUGAAUCCUGUGGCAAUUCUUAUUUCCGCAAGAGGAAAAGGCGUUCUCUAAACUUGAAAGGAUGGAGUCUGUUCCCACCCCUGCAGAAGUCCUCCUUUCAGCUCAAAGAGAAGAUGAACAGUCUGUCAAAUAAAAUCAAAGGAGGGACGGGGAAAGGCACCACACCUGCGUUGGGCCGGACUGAGAUCGAUACAGUUUCCAUGGGAAUUUACAAUGACUGUGAGCAGAACAGUUAUCAGAUCUUUGACCUGACUGAGAGUUAUAGCUUGAAAGAGACUGACAUUUAAAGGGCCACCAGAUAAUACUGACAUUUAAUUUCCUUCAUUUGAAAGGCCAUGUUACAAGCAAGACUUGAUGGGACAUAAUUUUAUGCUCAGAAAUAAUCAUGCAGAAAGAUUUCACAGUAAUUUUGAUCAAAGGAACAAUUUAGCGACUUUGAUCUAAGCACAAACUUGUUCCCAAUAUGAUCUGAAACCCUAAUGAUACUCAUGCUUAUUUGAACAGGGACGUUUUUGUGGAGUCUUUAGGCCCAUUAUUAGGUGGACCUUGUUAUUCUGGGUUGAUUGUUGCAGACUGGCAUUUCCAAGCACUGUGUAUGGGAAAGCACUUGGACAACAGUUACCCAGCGGGAACUGACCGUCAGCAGAAUAAUUUACAUUUGUCAAUGUCAUUAUGUUUAGAAGUCACUGUAGCCUUUUACCAUUGUAUCAGCCUAAACCAGCCAAACAACACUUUCUGACCAGGAUGAAUUACUCUUGCUUGCUUGUUUCAUAUCGAGUUGGUUUUGAUCCGAUCACAUUCAGAUAUAUAAAAGCGUAGUGUUUGGUUGCAGUUGUGAAUUGGUUGUUAAGCUCAGCCGGUAUUGCCAUUCAGAUGUCUUAACUGUGAUAUAAUAAAACUUGCAGGAAUUAAUUUACGUGUCUUCAAUUUUUUUUAAUGUGUUUGACAAGGCAUUGUAGACAUAAAGGGCCGAGGAAACAAUUACGAUAAAGUAUUUACUAUGUCACUUUACAAAGGGGGGGUGGACAAGAAGGUCUAUUUGCCUUUGAUAAGAUGACUUCCCAAGAUAGACCCCUGAAUCUACAUGGCCUACGGAUACCUACCUUACAAAGCUAUGUGAUUACUAAUGCUAAAAGAAACUGAGAGGGGGUGUUUUCCUUUUGUUUGUAUUUGCUGAGGUUUGCAGUGUUUGUUUAUGUCAGAUGUAAAAUGAAAUAAA